UAUUAACCCCCCUCCCCCUCAAUUCUUCUCUUAAUCUCCUUGUUUUUUUCCUACAUUUUGUCUCCAAAGCAAUACCAUAUCCUAUAAAGCAUCCACCAUGUCUAGCUCCGGAAAGGGAUACACCACUGACAGCUCCGGCACCAAUAGCCAGGGCAACCACUAUUGCUCUCGCGACUACGGCUCCAGCGCGUCUAACUCGAACAGCUACCACUACUCCAAUACCGAUGGCUCCUACUACUACUCCAACCCCAAUGGAAGCACCUACCACAACAGCGGGUCGGGAAGCUCUACGUACACUGCCCCCUCUGGAGGAUCCGGAGGAUCCGGCAAGAAAUAAAUUUUCAUGUCAUAAUGUUGGCAAGUGAUUGAUGUAUGAUGAAGCUUAAUUUAUGUGAAUAACCAAUGAAUCUUUAUUCCUUUUUUAUAUAAA